AUGCCGCCAGAUAAUCAAGAUUCGCAACCUACUGGCUAUAGCCAGAACGGCUGGAUAGGCGUUCCCAACGGUGUCCCUAACGGUUACUCCUCCAGCCCGCAAACGGCGAUCUCCCCAAUGCAGGAAUUUCCGCAAUUCGAGUACCAUCACCACCACCACCACCAGACCACGCCGAUGCCAAUGGAACCAGCUUAUCCCUUACAACGACCUCCGCCAUUUGCAUCCUCGCAUGCACCGAUGCCACCACCCUUGGUCGUGCCUAACAACAUUUUGUGGCCAAGUAUGCUUGCUAGCCAACCCCAGGGGUCCUACCAGCCGCCCAUUUUACCUGCUGUACCAAUGCAGACCCCACUGUCUGCAGGGUCAGCUUCUGAUAUAACACCAACCAGCGCCAAAGCGAGCACGGCUCGCCGCAAGUUGACCGACGAGGAGCGUCGUCAGAUGUGCAUCGAGGCUGAGCAGAAUCCGACCAUGAAGCAGACCCAGAUAGGAGCCUGCGGACUAACAGCGUGUAGCACGGUAUCCAAGAUCCUGAGGCAGCGGGACAAGUACAUGAAUCCCCAGCCGAAAGAGGAGAGUGUCAGCCCGAUCAAGAAGUCCAAGGCCAAAUUACCGGACUUCGAGAAGACCCUCACCAACUGGGUCAAGAAUCAACAAAAGAAAGGGCACUCAAUCACGGAUGAAGAUCUUCGGAAGCAAGCUCAGGUAUUCUCCUUCAGUAGAAGUGACCAAGCGGUAGUUUCCAGCUCCGACUGGCUGGAGAAAUUCAAACGCAAGGUUCGUCUCGUUGCGCCCAGGACCGAUGCAGAUUCGACGGUGCUGGAUUCCAGCUCGACUUCCCUCUCACAAACCCCUCUUGACGGCUCCCCCACGUCGUCCAAUGGUCUCGUAUCUCCUCCAAUGUCAGCCAUUGAGGAGCACAGCGAAGAGCCUCCGAUCAAGAUCGAGACCAAUGCGGAGUUUUUUGACUUUGGAGAUGGGAAAUCAACGUUCGAAACUCAACCGGAGCUUGAUCGUGAACUCACAUCGGAGUCCAUUAUGUCACCCAUGUCGGUGGAAAUGGCGCGCGGUGACCAAGAUGGCACAGUCAUGCUCGAGUGUGCGGACGAUACCUUGGGCACUUCUAGUCGUCAAAGAAGCCAGACCUACCCUCAUAAUUUGGGCACGGCUUCACGUCCUUCCUCCUCUAGUCAGAACCGACCCGCACUACCUGUGCGCUCACUGACAGCGACAACAGUAGGAGCGGCGAUAGGAGAGCCUCGACCUACCGCCAUCGAUCCUCGGCAGAUGAUGAAACGACACAAGAGCGUUCCUGACAUCCAUUACCCUGAACAGCCGCGGUUCUCAUCCAUGCAGCCUCCACCGUUGCCGCGGUCCGCAGAUGCGUCGCCUAUUAGCAAUCCGACCUCGCCGGCUGAAGAAGAUAUCAUUCGAGCCUUGCAUGCCACCAAAGCAUUGCUGGAACAGAACCCGGCUGUGGCGGAACCCGACGAUUACUUGGCGAUUGGUAAACUGAUAACGAAAAUCAAAGCCCUUCGGCCGACAGCUCCAGUUCUACCAGGGGGGAUGCACCCAGUCGAUAUCAUGGACAGCCCUCGCAUCUCCAAAAAGAGAACCAUUCUCGGCAUCUCGACCUGA